CUGCUCCUGCCAAUAUAGUCAACAUGUAGUCAACAUGGCGUCUCUUCAGGAUUCUCCUGGAGAUUCCUCCUUCGUACUCAAUGACAAAGACGUCAAAGACUUUCCAUUCUCACUAGAUUCAGACGACGACAUGGGAAGUACAUCAGAUCCAGCAAAUGACAAAGACAAACUUCAUCCUGAAGUUCUCAAGGACCUCGAAACUCACCAAGCCUUCAUGCGUCAAGCGAUCAAUGUCGCGGAAGAAGCUCUCGCGGGAGGAGAAACUCCGGUCGCCUGUGUCCUUGUCUACAGCAAAGAAGUGGUCGCCAGAGGCAUGAACGAUACCAAUCGAUCACUCAAUGGUACUCGCCAUGCUGAGUUCCUUGCCAUCUCCGAGUUUCUCUCCAAGUUCCCAGUCAGCAAGAUGAAGGAAACCGAUCUCUAUGUCACCGUCGAACCCUGCAUCAUGUGUGCUUCUGCCUUGAGGCAAUACGGCAUUCGCUGUGUCUAUUUCGGAUGUGGAAAUGACCGAUUCGGAGGGAAUGGAAGUGUUCUUGCGGUGCACUCUGACAAGGGUCUCGAGGAAGGAUAUCCAAGCUACGGAGGGAUCUUCAGAAAGCAGGCCAUCAUGUUGCUGCGGAGAUUCUACAUUCAAGAGAACGAAAAUGCACCAAAUCCACGAGCAAAGGGCAAUCGUGAAUUGAAGCCGGUGGUCUGAACGACGGUUUGACAAUGACCAGUGUCACGAUUCUGUCUGCGCAGUCGGGAGCCAUCGUUGAAGUCAAUGGAACCGCAACAUGGACAAACUCCUCCGUCUGCUGCAUAUUCUCAGCAAACAAGGAGCAAGCGAUAGACUCACGGUACUGCAUGCCCAAACCUGUCCUGAGGAAGUGAUCGAGGCGGGAGACCUGAGGUGGAACCUGUGCCAAACAGUCUAGCAUAACCUAAUAAAAGAGAUUGGUGCACCUGGAAAAGGAAUUGAAUCAAUUCACAAUCCUCCAGCCAGUCCA